UUCAAUUCGCACUUAGCUACACGUAUCAAGCGGCGCAUAAUGUACGGCCGAACGUGGUGACAAAUUCGAUCAGUACGAAAAUUCAACCGUCUAGUUCAAGUCAAGUGAAGUGAAUUGUCGUUCAGUCGAAGGCAAUUAAACAAAUUUUUUCCUUCUUUUUUGAUUUAAGUUUUUUUUUUUGGAUUCCUCAUUCAAAAUGCUCGUUCUUCGAUAUUUAGUGCAACACAUCGACACAGCGAUGAAAUCAAGAGAUGCACGUUUACAAAGUCUGCCUUGUAUGUCGGUGGAAUUCAUUAUAACGAUAGUCACUCUGUAUUUGUUAUUCGUGCUGAAAUGGGGACCAAAAUUCAUGGAAAAACGAAAACCAUUCAACAUCGAACGGAUUUUACUCUUUUACAACGUGUUUCAAGUGCUCUGCAAUUUCUCCAUUGUCUUUUAUGUGACUUAUGAAAUCUUUGCGUUGAAAAGUUAUAAAUUAGAUUUCUUUUGCGAAGAGCUCGACUUUACCGAUAGCUUCGUCGGUACACGCAGUGCUCAAAUGUCAUAUUGCUAUUAUUUGAUCAAACUCAUGGAUUUGUUUGACACGAUAUUCUUUGUGCUCCGGAAACGAACGCGACAAAUCUCAUUUUUGCAUGUUUAUCAUCACGUGGCUAUUUUGCUUGCCUCAUUCGUUGGUGUCUCAUGGUUUCCAGGUGGUCAUCCAUGGCUGUUUGGUAUGCUCAACUGUUUCGUUCAUGUCAUCAUGUACGGCUAUUACUUCGGCUCAGUUUACAGUCCCAAAUUAAAGGUAAACCUUACCAUCAAGCGAUCCAUCACCCAAAUGCAAAUUAUCCAGUUCAUGUUGUCAAUUGUACAUUUGAGUAUGCCAUUCUUUGUGAGUGACUGUGGCUAUCCGAAAUCAGUGCUAAUCAUUGGCAUUUCGCAGAAUGCAAUAAUGAUGAUGCUAUUUUCGGACUUUUACUACAAAACCUACAUGAAAGCGCCGAAACUCAAAUCCAGCUAAAGCAUUCACCGCAGAAAAAGAGAAGAAAAAACACACCGCCGAUUUUUGGCCAUUAAAUCCAUUGAAAAUCCGCAAAUAGAACCCUAAGAAGCUAAUUUAAGAAUUGAGCAUGUUUGUGAAGAAGCUGUUUAAAUGUAGGAAUAAAUCCAAACCAAAAUCGUGUAUUUAUGAACGUUUCAAGUGCGAGCCCAGAAAAAAAAUUCGUUUGUUUUUUUGUGUGUUUAUUUGGAAAUGAGGAGACUUGUCGUUGAUGAUACGAAGCCACUUAAUGUCGACCGUCAAGAGGGAAAUAUUGAGGUAAUUAAGGGAAAUAAGCUUCUUUUCAGUGGUUUUAUCACUCGAAAUCUCUAGACGCCUCACAUUAAUUCAACUUAAACUACAAUCGGAAUCAAAAGUGGCCGCAAAUUCAAUUGUUUUCCGCAAAAUUAAUGGGUUUAAUUGAAUUAACGUAAACAUUUAACAAUUCAGCGAGUUAUCAUUAGAAGAAAUCUUGGCUUCAUUGUUUGAACAUCGACUCAAAUAAACCGAAAUAAUCCCGAUUUCUUUUAACCAACGGAUGACUCGUGACAAUGAACACGGUUUUCGAAAGAAAUUUUUUUCUUGGGAGGAAACAGAUUUUAAUGUCGCGAUAAUUUCACAGUCAACAGGAACUCUUUACAUGAACGUAGAGUCUACGUAGACACAUGAAACACCCAGCCUUUCAUUUAUUUCAAAGCGUCACUUCAUUCAUUGCUUUUUUCAAAGAAGUUUACAGCUAAUAUAUAAUACAAUACCCAACUAAAACUACAACAUAAUGCAUGAACGGUUUAUCAAGAAAAAUCUUGAUAAAAAUGAGCUGAAAGCAAGUCUGAAAGUGAAUCCUGUAGAAUUCGGUGACUUUCGACUUAAAACAAAUAGUUCCGGAAGGGAAAUAAUUCAGUAGACAUACGCAAUACUUAAGCCAAUACAAUGCUAAUUUACGCUACAUUCUACUGUAUUAGUUUCUUCCUUUUAAAUUCCCAAUAUAUUGUGAAAAUAUAAAUUUCUUUGUUUGAAAUCGUAAAAUCGAUGAUGAAACGAUGGAUCAAACUUUUCUCAAUAUAAACAAAUAGACUUUCAGUCGACUAUUACUGGGCAUCUCCACAUCUCCACUUGAUAGUAAAACUUUCGGCCUACUAACAUAAAAAGCGAUUUGAUUACAUUUGAACUACAUUUCUAGUUUUUGAUGUUAAAAUAUGUCAAAUGCCCCGAAUGUUGCAUUGAAAUUGUGUAUGAUUUGUGGUAAUUUCGAGAUUUGUGCAUUUUAAUUCAAUUUGACGCACAAUAUCGUCGCACAUGAUCCAAAGGUUCAUGUUUUAUUUGCUCCAAAAAUGAGCUGCGGUCAAAUUAAGUAAACGGAAUUCAAGCGAUUGACCUAAUUACAUUGAAACAAUUUUACAGUUUGAUUGACUCUAACAUUGUCAGACCGGGCGACUUUAUUUUUCCAAAUGAAGUUCAAAAUGAGGAAAGAUUUUCGCCAUGAAAUCAAAAUAGAACCAUUUCUGUAGUACAAAAAGGAGGCACUUCUUGAAAAUGAUAUAAAUUUUGCUCAAAACAGAAACACUUUGAAGUGUCAAAAAAUGUCAUAUUUUAAAAAAUGGUUCUGUGCUAAAAAAAAACGAUUAAAAAAAUCAUAAGCGGAUUUACUCACUAAUGACAUGAUGUUUGGAACAUUUGCUAUCUUCUUCUGAAUCCUCUUUCUUCCAUGUUUACUUUCAGAAAGGUAUGCGUAAACAUUCAGUACAUUUAGAUUUAGUUUCCAUUUGCAUAUGGAUGCAGUACAUUCACUUGAAAGACAACAUCUCCGUACUGAAUUGAAUAGAAAAUAUUAUUGUUUAUUUAUUUUCUUUACAAUUGCAAUGAAAUUUAUCGUCGUUUUCGCCAUUUUGACUGGUUUUGGUGUUAUAAAAUGUGAAACUGGAUCGAUUUUAUCGCAUGAUAAGGUUGUUGUUUGCUCCGUUUUCUCGGAGCCAUCACCUGGAUUUUUCGAUUCGUUCGGAAAUAAGUUCAAAAUUGGCAAUGUAGAUUUGAACCUAUGCACACAUCUCGUUUACAUUCACAUGAUUUCGUAUGUGUUUGAAAAGCCUUGGGAUUCAACAGACAACUUUAGUGAUGAGAAAUACAAGCAGAUCGCAAGUUUGAAGAAAAAAUUCCCACAUUUGAAGAUUUCUUUGGGCUUCCAAAAUUCUCCAGCUGAAUAUCUCAAAAUAUCUUCGCGUCGUGAGAGUCGUCAUCGGUUUGUUACAUCGGCAGUGAGUUUUAUUUUGCGUUUUGAUUUCGAUGGACUUAAUUUGAUAUGGAGUUAUGAAAAUGAUGAACCGUUUGGCAAGAAAAGAUUCGGGCUUCUUGUGCGGGAGCUGAAGGAAGGGUUUAAACCGAAGAAUCUUCUGCUUUCAUUCACAUUUUUCAAAUCGCGGAACUUCGCCGUACCACAUGGAUUUUUGGCCAUGUCAAAUAAUGUCGAUUUUCUGAACGUUCAUCCGAAUUUCACGGAGAACUUGAUCAAAUCAGGCGUACCAAAGUCGAAAAUUGUCAUGACGAUUGAGUUCAAUGGACGUGGAAAUUUCGGCUACUAUUCUGCCUGCGGUUUAUUAUCGAAAGAUGAGGGUUGGGAAAAAUAUUAUGACUCAAAAAUCGGAGCAACGGUCGCAACGCGUAGCAUCGGAAAUGGACAGACGAAAAAGAUUAUAUUUCCAUGUUCCAGCCGUUCGGUAGCAAAUACCGUUAGACAUGCCGUCCGACGCGAUGUAUCUGGUGUUAUGGCUUAUACCAUCGACUCGGAUGACUCACAGGGAAAAUGCGGAUUUGAUGAUGAUACAUUCAAUGAUUUUGGAUCAACAAAAGGUGUAACUUUACACAUUCCAACCAGAGAAAACGACACAUUUCCCCUGCUUAGGACCAUCAAUGGAGCAAUUGCUGUGGCAAUCGAGGAGUUGAAACAAGAAGAACAUCUGCGGAAAUCACGUUAAUCAGUUGAUUGGAUUUAAUGAAACCUUUUCAAACGAAAUAAUUCCCGAAUAAAAACAAAAUUUGUCUUUUCCCAUUGAUUUUCUAUGAUUGAAUAACAAAAUUAUAACUUGGUAACUGUGUGAUUAAUCUCAUUUCAAUACUACAUUUUGGUACAUAUGUCGAAUUCUGAAAAAGGUGAAAAUGAAUAAAAAUGUUUUGCUGAUUUCAAUGAA